AACUUCGUGGAGAUAGUAGCCAAUAGGGUAAGAAGCUGAAAGGAAAGAUAAUUGGUAGAGAACACUCGUACUAAGUUCUAUUUGUUUAUUUAAUUUUAAGUAGAAGAUUUAAUAGCAAUAAUAAAUUUUUUUCUUUGAGAGGAACCAGAAAUUUUUUUUUUUGGGGUCAUGUAGCCGUAGAUCACUAUGUUAUGAUAAUGAUAUUGGAAGGAAUAAAGUUGUCAAAUUUGUGUAGCUGAUAACAGCUUAUAGGAAUUAGUUGUUGGUUGUUAUUGUUUCAAAUGCCUAAAUUAAGACAUUUUUUUUUUCUCACACUUUGGAGGGAGAGUUGGUUAUAUACCAAUUCUAUUUUGUAUUUACUAGAGCAGUCAUAGACAAACUUGUCUUGGCAACCAUAGAUAUUGCUAACAACGAAAGAUUAGGUCUCAGAAUCUUCACCUUGGGAAUUCAGAUUCUUAGCUACCAUCAGGAAGUUUAUUUUGUUUGGGGUUGAAAAGUAAGCAUUGACCAAUUGUGUAUUUCCCAAAUUGUAUGAGGUUUGUUUUGUAUCCCAGUAUUGAUCACAAGAAUAAAGAGGUGGUUCCAUAUUCUGAGUGCCUUAUAAUUUUUUUCUUACAAUUUUUGUUACUGGAACUUCUUCACGAUUCUGAUUUUUCAUUACUGUAAGUACACAAAACAACCGAACGUGAGCCUGAAACAUGCAAGACAGAUAGAGAAUAAGGGUUUAGGAUUUUGGGGAUUGUGAAUUCUUUGUGGACUGAAAUCGUUAUGAACUACAAAUUAUAUCAUUGUUGAAUAUUUAUCUUUCAUAUGACAUUGACGACGGUGUUUACAUAUAGUAUAUCUAUAUUUGACUAUCAAGCUUUGGCUUGUUUAUAGUAUUGGAUUGAUAAAUAAGGAUUUACUAAAGGACAAAUUUUCUAAAUUUUUAUCUCACAGACUAAAGAGUGCCUUUUCUUUCACAGAUCUGAAGAUUGAUGACAAGUCUGCAUCAGGCAUCAAUAGCUGAAAGCAAUUUGUAAAUACUUUGCUGGCAAAUAAUGGAAGCCCGUCCUUCUAUAUCCAUUGAAAGAUCAAGUGCGGAGAAACACAAUGUCAUGGGGAUGUCUGGAGCACUAUCUUCAUCCUUGGCAGUCCUUCCAACACCCCUAGAAGAGACAUAUAAUAAGUUGCCUGAUUCACCUCUUGCUUUUGUAGAAGAAGGGCUGAUGAGUGGACCUUUAACUCAUUCUGGUCAUUUAAAUAACAACGGAGCAGUUGGACAUAUCUUUUCAUCUUCUCCUGGAUAUUCAACUGCUCUUCACCAUUCAUCCCUUUCACCUCAUGAAAAGCAUUCUAGAAAUGCUCACAUUAUUUCACAUUCAUCAACUAAUAUGGCUACAUUGCCACCAUUUUCUUCAAAUAGUGGACCACUACCUUCCAAACCAUCAAGGCAUUUUCCUAAUGAAAACAGUGCCUCCUGGCAUACUGAUUCUGUGCCAAGCUUUCUGGAUUUUCCCGCAAAUACUUCCAUCGAUAGUGGUAGGGUAGAAAGUGGUGCCUGCACUAUCAUGGCAUCUGAGGAAUAUUGUAAGCAAAAUGAUUGGCAGGAGUGGGCUGACCAGCUAAUCAGUGAUGAUGAUACUUUAACUUCUAAUUUGAAUGAUCUUCUUGCUGAUAAUGUUCCAGAUCCUGAGCCAAAGGAGCCAUUCCAGGUUUCAAAACCAUCUUUGCAAUUACCAGGGCAUCCAUCCGAAGGCCAUCAACAACUUCCUGCUUCAUCUGAAGAAAAUUGCGCUGGUGCUGCCCCUUCUUCCUCAGCAAAAUCUGCUCCUUCCAAGCCACGAAUGCGUUGGACUCCAGAACUUCAUGAGGCCUUCGUGGAUGCUGUCAACCAACUUGGUGGGAGUGAAAGAGCUACUCCUAAGGGUGUGCUGAAGCUCAUGAAAGUUGAAGGCUUAACUAUAUAUCAUGUCAAAAGCCACUUGCAGAAAUACAGGACAGCUAGAUAUAGACCCGACUCGUCUGAAGGAGUCUCAGAGAAAAAAACAAGUUCCAUUGAAGAGAUGGCAUCACUAGAUUUGAGAACUGGCAUUGAUAUCACUGAAGCUCUGCGACUGCAAAUGGUGGUUCAGAAGCAGUUGCAUGAACAACUUGAGAUUCAAAGAAAUCUACAGUUGCGAAUAGAAGAACAAGGAAGGUAUCUCCAGAUGAUGUUUGAGAAGCAAUGUAAACCCGAGACUGAAAUGUUUAAGGCAUCAUUAUCUACUGCUGAAAAUCCAUCUGGAUCCUCUUUGGAUGCCAUGCAAGAUGUUCCAGCCAAAAGCGCAUCAAUGGUGGACAAUUACAAGCCAGGACCUGAUCAAGCUAUCGGCAGCACCAAGGUUGUGGAAGGCUCAGUGGAAAUAGGGGGGAAACAUGAUUCUCCCAAAACACAACUUUCUGAGAAUCCUAAGCAGCAUGCUAAUGCUAACGAUGAUGCUGCUCAAGCCUCGAAGCGUCAAAGAAAAGAUGAGUAAGCCAUCUGAGCUGCCGCAUCUGCGAUGAACUUACAAUAUUGAUGCAUAAAUUAUAUUUUAGUAAGAAAUACUAUACUGAAUGAUGGAUAGAACUUCAUAACCUGAUGAGUUCUCUAGCCACAUGAGUUCUUGGAUAUGUAUUCUAAAACAUUAGGUAAAGUUGACUCAAUCGGUUGAAAUGCUUAGGAUCGAAUUCUGCUAUUUGCAGUCUGCCAUGGUAGGCGAUCUGUAAAUACCAUUGUUAUGUUGUUAUUGAUGCUGCUGUAGCUGAACUUGGUGAUAUCAUUGAUAUCGUAGGUUCAAUGCUCUACUAGGUCACUUAUCUCCUCUCCUUCCAUAGGACACCUCUAAUGUAAAAUAAAUUAUUGUGAUUUGAGUUGAAAUUUUGAUUAUGAUAUUCUUCAACACCAUUAUUUGGUGGUAUUCUAGUCA